UAAUUAGAGUCAAUUUUACGAUUACCCUUCGAUAAAAAUACUAUUGCUUUGAGCGAUUAAAAUACUUAUUCAAAUAAGAUAGCCAGCACGAAAUUCUAUCGAUGACAACUCUUUUACUGUUGGCAACGCUUGAAUAACAAGCGGCACAAUUGCAAAACGACCGUACCUACUGCUAACAAUAUUAUUGAAAUAAAGUUUAAUUAUGGAUCAAAAUCAACAAGAAUUGCAUCCGCUGUACCCGAAGUGCGAGGAGGCUAGAUCCACUGGAAUUUUAGAUCUAAAAAUGAAAGAACUAACUGCAAUUCCCCAGGCUGUAUUCAGAUUUAUGGCUUGUGCUGAGGCUGACGUCAAGGAGUGCGACAUCAGCGACAAUAAAUUGAUAUGCUUACAGCCACAAUUGCCCCUAACAUUCCAUAAUCUUACAUUUCUCAACUUGGCUCACAAUUGGUUGUCGUCACUACCAGCUGAGAUUGGCGAUCUGAGAGCCCUAGAAGUCCUCGACUUUUCACACAACCUAUUUUAUACAAUGCCCGGUAUAGUUUACCAGUUGCCGCAUUUGACAGUUUUGUAUGCUCAUUGCAACUGCAUUAGUGAAUUUGAUUUAACAAAGCCAAUAGCGACCGACCGCUUGGAUUUGGUAGACUUGCGUAACAAUCGUCUCAGUCACUCAUUUAUUCGUAAGCUAUUGAAGACUAAAAGAACUUUCCGUUUGGAAUUGGACGACGACGAAAGUGAUUCGAAUUAACUAGCGCUAAAACAGUACCCUUCCAAAGACGUUUGCCAAGAACAAUGAGUAAAAUGUAUAAUUUCAUUUCAUUUCUUGUGCGAAUGGUAUGGCACAAGGUAAACAUAUAUGCUUGAGAACAAACCUUUAAGAGGACAA